CGUUUGAGGAUACCCCUUUUAUUCUGAAACUCACAAAACUUGGCUAAACGUCUCCUUUUUUUCCUUUUUUUUUUGUUGUGUCAUGCUUGACACUGUUGCAACUACUAUAGUUGCACGUAUUUUGCUACGUCGUAUUUCGUUUUCUGACAUUGUAUAUUUUGCAGUGGCUUUGAGGCACCCGGUAGCGCUAAUACAGUGACAGGCCUGUUUGUUAGCCGACAGGGUUUAACAUGUUAGACGUGUGUGCGGGUUUGUAGGAGACUUUGAGAAAGAGUUGUCGUCAGGCCUGUUCGGGUUAUUUCCAUCACUGCCACUGGCUAACAAGUCCCUAAACAGAAAUGUCACUGGAGGACUAUGAAAGACAUUUCGACUCGCUAAAUUCAGAUUUGGGCGGCGGGUCUGUAGUCAGUGAGCGAUCCGCGUCGAGCACGUUUAAUGGCGAAGAGGAGAAGUUGCAUUACAUUCCUAUCCGGAUCCUCGGGAGGGGGGCGUUUGGUGAAGCAACUCUGUACAGAAGAACAGAGGACAACUCUCUGGUGGUAUGGAAGGAGGUGGACCUGAACUCACUCUCCGAAAAGGAGCGCAGGGAUGUCAUGAACGAAAUAAGCAUCCUGUCCAUCCUAGAGCACAACAACAUCAUAGCUUACUUCAAUCACUUCAUGGAUAAAAACUCCCUGCUCAUUGAGUUGGAGUAUUGCAAUGGAGGAAAUCUGUACGAUAAAAUCAACCAACAGAAGGGGAAACUUUUCAGUGAAGAGGUGGUCGUAUGGUACCUGUACCAGAUUGCCUCAGCUGUGUCCCACAUUCACAAGGCUGGGAUCUUACACAGAGAUAUCAAAACUCUGAACAUUUUCCUGACCAAAACUGACCUCAUCAAGCUGGGUGACUACGGUCUUGCAAAGAAGCUAGACUCUGAAUUUUCAAUGGCAGAGACUUGUGUGGGAACUCCAUAUUACAUGUCACCUGAGUUGUGCCAGGGAUCGAAGUAUAACUUCAAAUCAGACAUCUGGGCCAUGGGUUGUGUAAUUUUCGAGGUCUUAACUCUUACACGAACAUUUGAUGCAACGAACCCUCUGAACCUCUGUGUGAAAAUAGUUCAGGGCAACUGGACUAUGGAAGUGAACUCGGAUGUCUAUUCUUCUGCGUUGAUCAAACUGGUGUAUGAGUGCCUCGAUCAAGAUCCUGCAAACAGGCCUACAGCUGAUCAGAUUCUGGACCAGCCAAUUAUCUCCUGCAACAGACAGGAGCUUCUAGAGCGAGUUGCUCUGCUGAAUUCUGCAAUGAAAAAACCAAAGCUGAAUACGGCGACUGAUACACCUGUUGCUGUGGUGACCACACGCUCAAGGGAGGUGUACUUCUGGGGUGGAGGGAAGUUCACCCCCCAGAAAAUGGACACUUUUAAAGGAGGCAGCAGUGCCCAACAUGUGUGUGCAGGCGAGAGUCACUUUGCAGUGGUGACCGUGGAAAAGGAGCUAUAUACCUGGGCUAAUGUUCAAGGUGGAGCCAAGAUGGUGGGCCAGCUGGGGCACGGAGACCAGGCAUCGUGCCGGCAGCCGAAGAAGGUGGAGAAGCUACAGGGGAAGUCCAUCCGACAGGUGGCGUGUGGGGCUGACUUCACCGCCUGCGUCACCGAUGAGGGCCAGAUGUACAUGUUUGGGUCAGACUAUUAUGGCUGCAUUGGAGUGGAGGGUGAGCUUGGCAUGGAGAUUUUGGAGCCAGUGCUUUUGGAGUUUUUUGAGGAGCGGCCUGUCCGUCAGGUGUCGUGUGGAGACAACCAUGUGGUGGUCCUAACUCAGAGUGGGGACAUCUACUCCUGGGGCUGUGGAGAGUAUGGGCGUCUCGGCCUGGAAUGUGAGGAUGACUUCUCUUCUCCGAUGCAAGUGGAGAUCCCUAAAGGCGCCACCAUCUCCUCGGUGUCAUGUGGCAGCGACGGAACUUUCUUUUUGACAGAAGCUGGCAAAGUCCUGGCGUGUGGAAACAAUGAAUUCAACAAGCUUGGUCUGAACCAGGGAAUCUCUGGUCUCAAAAACCACACUGGAGAGGGUUACCAGGGGAUCCCGUACAUCACCACAUUGACCUUGGCAAAGCAGCUGUCACGGUUUAAGAUCCAUGUCAUAGCUCCAGGGAAGACCCACACAGCUGCUAUUGAUGAACGUGGUCGUCUGAUCACCUUCGGUUGCAACAAGUUCGGACAGCAAGGUGUCAAAGACUUCAAGAAACACCAGGGUGUCCAAGUCCUCGUCGGACCCUUUGGAGGGAAGAUAGUGACCAAAGUGUCAUGUGGAGACGGCUUCACUAUUGCAGCCACUGAGGACAAUCAGAUCUUCGCUUGGGGAAACGCAGGAAACGGGCGACUUGGGAUGCCUGCUGAUAAGGGAUUUGGUUCAGAGGUUUGCCCUGCAAUGCCAAGGCCAAUCUUUGGUUCCCUCCACCAUGUACCGGACCUCUCUUGCCGUGGUUGGCACACCAUUAUCAUAAUGGAGAAAGUGCUAAACUCAAAGACUAUUCGCUCUAACAGCAGUGGACUAUCAGUUGGCAGUGGACUGGGCCAUGAGGCAUCUACAUCCACAGUGGAUCUGGACAUAGAACCUGGUUCAGAGACGGAGUGUCGUGACAGGGGUCUCGGGGGUACAAUGGAGGAUAAUACAGAGGAGUGCUUCAUGGAGACCCCGAUGAUGUCAGCAGCAAGUCAGACUGGGGACAGCUCCUGCCCCUUCUGGCUUAGAAAGGAGCUCGAGGAUGCAGAGUACAUCCCGAUGCCGGUGGGCUCUGAGCCACCCACUCCUGAUCAGCUCGCUUCCUUCUCUGAGAGCGUCACUCUACCUUACGAGGAGCUGAAAGAGCUAAAGGCAGCGGCAGCAGCAGUCAGCAGUAAGAAAGACCUAUCGACUAAACGAAUGAGCUGUGGUAAAGUCAAUGGACUGGAGGAUAACGGCGGCAAAAAAGGAGAAUCGGGCGCAUGCUGCAAAUCAAGCAGCGAGGUCACACAGCUGCGAGAGACAGUCGCCCGUCAAGAGACGAGGAUCCAGAUGCUUGAGAAGCAGGUUGAGGAGCAGAAGAAGGAGAAUGAAAGGCUCUGGGCAGCAAUCAGUCGUUCAACGCUACGGGAAGCAGGAUGUGACAACAACGGAAACCAUCACUCUGACCGUAUGCCCGGGGACGGAGGAGGAAGAGGAGGAAGAGGAGGCGGAUUCACAAAGCACGGAGGCCGAUCGGCGGGGGCCAGUGUGUGAGACUUAACCUGCAGACGUCAGAUCGUGGGAGGAGCGUCAAAACUCUUAGCACAUAUUGAAUUAAACAAGCUGGUUAGAUGGGGAGUGGAGGCUCAGUUAGAGGGUGCAGCCCCGUGCCCAUUCACAAUGGUUACAUUACAGUAUACGUGUUUGACAGAGCGCCAAGUUGCAUGAUUACAUUUGAUUUCAUAUGUAAUACUGUACACCACCUUGCCCACACUCAUAUGCACACUUGUGUACACCUGGUGCAGUGAUCUAGCUAGUUUCUCCACAGACUGAAAUGUUGGCUGGAUUCAACAUGAAACAUUGGACCUUAACACCUGUGGGAGACAAUCAUCAUAGUGAUCAUAGUGUUACUCUGCAAUGUGAAUGUUAAGUCCAUGUUUUGGUGGUAUUAUUGUUGAUUUAAGUGUUGUCAGCAUUGAGGCUUUCGUCCUAAGUGCCUCAGACAAUUAGUAUUUAUCACAUAACGGGUAAGACCAGCUUAUGCAAAUAGGAGAUUUGCUAAUGCAUGCAAAGAUGGGGUUUGCCUCCUCUCAGUUGUUGAGAGAUGGACACUCAAUGUAUCUAGAUUGAUCAUGAUUCAUGUUAGCACCAACUUCCAAUGUGAAAGCAUACCUUUCUUAUGAGUCACUUUAUUUUUUCAUUUCAUUUAAUAUUCUUAAAAAGUUCUACAAAAUAGCCUCUCAAAUCUUUUUUUUUUUCAUAUUUAUCAGACAUGUUGGCUAUUACAAACAUUCUAGUUAUCAUGCAAGUAUAUUAUAUAUUUUAAUUUGCAUAUUUUAUUGUCAUAUAAAAGCAUCUGUGUGAAACACGAAACUACUGAUACAUUUUUUUUAAGCAACUACUUUUGGUUACUUUUUCUUAUAGCCUUCUUUGAGUCUUGAAUUCUUGUUGGUGCAGCACAUGUGGAUCUAUCUCCUUUGUAACGUAUGAACACUUGAACAGUUUUCUUUGAAUGUGGAAAACGUGGUUUUUAAAGCAUUCAUAAUAUAGCUGACCUUGCAGCUAUAAUGUUAUUGUUUUCUUAUUGCAUUUUGUAACCAUUUUAUCCGUCAUUGGUACUUUCUGAAAUGUUGUUUUGCCGUAGUUUGCAUCUUUUGUGAAAGCAAAUAUGUAAUUGCAUUUUUUUGUUUGUUUGAUGCCUAUGGUUUUGUUUGUGUGUUAUAACAAAUAUAUAUACAGUAUAUAUAUGUGUGUGUGUGUGUGUAAAACCCUUUGACAUGGUUAGCUUACAGUUUGUUGACUCGUGGUCAGUGAGCUGUCAGAUGUCAACAGUGUAACACUGGCAGUAUUUCCACGCAGUAAAACGUUAUAUACAGUGCCUUAGUAAGCUAUUGAAACCAAAGUUAGUGCAAAUAUGACAAUGCUGUGCCUUGGGUGAAUUUUUAUACAGUGUGUUUACAGCAUUUAAAAAUGUGGUUUAUUU